UCUCGUAAACUUCAUCAUCUUCAGUCACUAAACCCUGAAAUCACCGGCGAAUUGAGGGCCUCACAUUUCCAUUGCAGGUUAGCCUACUUAUCAACGGCUUCUCUCUUUUCUUUAAUUAUCUUUUUGCUUUAAGACUUUGCAUUACGAUUUUAAAAUUCCUCUUUUUCUGUGAGAUGAAUUUGAAGCGCUUAGUUUCUAAGGAUACUAUUAACAAUUUAUCAAGAUUAAAUGGAAGAUUAUCAACUCCUUAUUUCAGUAAUCACCGAAAUUUAUCCACCAUUGUAGCUCCACUCUUGCCUUACAUUUGUUCACCAAAAAGUCAUGACUAUAAUCUUCUCCAAAAUCCUAGAAUCCCAUCACCCCGUUUGUCUUUCAUUAGAUAUAUUUAUUCAAAUCGUGAAACUAAACUAAUUAGCUCAAGCGUGGACCUGGGAACCGAUAUGGAGGAGGAGGAGGAUGAGAGUAUUAAUGAGUUUUUGUCACGAUUUGUAUGGAUAAUGCGUAAGAAAAUGGUUGAAGCUUAUCCAGAUUGCGAUAAGCAAACGAUUGAUAGUAUGUUAGUGAUUCUAGUUGAGAAAGUUGUGUCUGAGAUGGAAAAGGGUGGUUUACAACAUAUGCGUGGUUCUGCUGUGGGUACACCAUCUCAGGAUUUUAGCCAGGAUUUGUGGAAGACAGUGUGGGAAGUCAGCAAUUCGGUGUUGGAUGACAUGGAGAAAGCCAGGAAGAAGGAGAAAAUGAAGGGGUUUUUACAGUCUGAAGAGGUGAAGGUAAUGACUAGGUUUGCCGGUGAAGUUGGUAUUCGUGGGGAUCUGUUGAAAGAGCUUAGGUUUAAAUGGGCUCGUGAAAAAAUGGAGGAGCGUGAGUUUUAUGAGGAUUUGGAGCGAAUAAGAAAAGAGGCACAAGCACAGGAAAAAGAGGAAGCAGAGGGAAAGGACGGUACAGUUAUGGAUGAAGAGGGUGUUGGGAUGGACAAUAAGCCUAAAGUUGUCACCCUUCCAAAGAGACACGGGAAGAUAAAAUACAAGAUUUAUGGACUUGAUCUAUCAGAUUCAAAGUGGACCGAAGUGGCUGAUAAGAUUCAUGAGUCAGAAGAGGUCCUAUGGCCUCAGGAACCGAAGCCAAUAUCUGGGAAAUGCAAACUGGCUACUGAGAAAAUCCUCUCAUUAAAAGAGGAGGAAGACCCUUCUACUUUGUUGGCUGAAUGGAAAGAGCUUCUACAGCCUAGCAGGAUAGAUUGGAUCACUUUGCUUGAUAGAUUGCAGGAAAAGAAUACGCAAUUAUACCUCAAGGUGUCAGAACUUGUGUUGAGUGAAAAAUCUUUCCAAACAAGCAUCCGUGACUACUUAAAGCUUAUUGAAGCCCAUGCUAAAGAGAAUCGAUUAGAAGAUGCGGACAGAAUUCUCAAAAAGAUGAAUGAGAAUGGUAUACAGCCAGAUCUUUUGACAGCCGCUGUGCUGGUUCAUAUGUAUAGCAAGGCAGGCGACCUCAAUCGUGCUAAAGAAGCAUUUGAAAGCUUGAGGAGCCAUGGCUUUCAACCGAACAUGAAGGUCUACAACUCAAUGAUCAUGGCAUAUGUACAUGAUGGCCAACCCAAGUUGGGUGAGACAUUGAUCAGAGAGAUGGAGACAAGAGACAUAAAACCUUCAAGGGAGAUUUAUUUAGCAUUGCUGCGGUCUUAUGCCCGACGUGGUGAUGUUAGUGGAGCUGGACGAAUUGCAACAACCAUGCAGUUUGCAGGAUUCCAGCCAACUUUGGAGACUUGCACCUUGCUUGUGGAGGCUUAUGGACUAGCCGGUGAUCCUGAUCAGGCAAGGACCAACUUUGAUUACAUGUUAAAACUUGGGCACAAGCCCGAUGAUAGCUGCACUGCUAGCAUGAUUGCAGCUUAUGAGAAGAAGAAUUUAUUGGAUAAGGCCUUAAGCCUCUUAUUGCAACUUGAGAAGGAUGGGUUUGAGCCUGGACCUGCUACUUAUACUGUUCUUGUGGAUUGGUUGGGUAAACUGCAGCUGAUUGAUGAGGCUGAACAGCUAUUGGGUAAGAUUUCUGAGCAGGGUGAGGUUCCGCCUUUUAAACUUCAAGUAAGCCUUUGUGAUAUGUACGCAAGGGCUGGGGUUGAGAAGAAAGCUCUUCAGGCUCUCGGGGUUCUAGAAUCAAAGGAGGAGGAAAUGGAGCCUGGUGAUUUUGAGAGGAUUAUAAAUGGGCUUAUCGCAGGUGGGUUUGUGAAAGAUGCUGUACGCGUACAUGGGCGGAUGGAGGGCAGAGGGUACACUGCUUCUGAGCAGUUAAAGGUAGCACUAAUGGCAUCUGAAGCCUUCAGCCGCAAAAGACCAACACCAAGAUAGUAAUGCUUCUCAAGCCUUUUGCUGCAAGAGAUGGUCAAGGGAAUAAUUUGAUUGCGAAACAAGAUGUACUCCACAAAGGAGUCAGUUAAGCUUUUUAUUUACAUGAUCGUCUUGAUGUACUCCAGAAAGAGAUAUAAUGCAUUUCUCCCUUGUUUUUGGACCCAAUUCACUGGUCUUUAAAACAAUUACUUAAACGAGGUAGCUUCUUUUUUAUUUUCUUAA